AUGGCAUCCAGUUCAUUAACAUCGUCAUCUUCAUCGUGGCUUCCUCCGGCUUCCCUUGUCGUUUCGGAUCAAGAGCCCCACGACGAUGGGAUGUCUUUGGUGUCGUCCUGCGUUCUACGCAAGUAUUUUGGGUUUUUCGAACCUCUUUUGAUCGAUUUAUGCGCCAGAUGGCUUCACGACGAUGACGAUAUCGAAGACAGGUUCAUCGCGUUUCGUCUCCUCAUUGAGCUUCACGAGAAGCUACAUCCAUCCUUAUACGCUUUCUUGCAAACACCAUGUCUAUCCAAGGGACCACUUGCUUUCAUAGCUGCGGCUCCUUCUGUUGCUGAAAUUGAAACCAUUUGUCGGCACCGCAUGUUGCUUGCAUAUUAUCGCCUUCUCCGUGCUAAUCUUCCCAAGCAUCUGCUAUCGGACGGGUCGCUAUUAUCCAAACUAUUCUUCCCGCCUCACCCUGAUACAGGUGUACGAUUACUCGCUGCUCGGUACUAUGCAUCGCAUAUUGGUAUGGCAGAAAUUGAGUGCGAGAGGCUUAUCACUCAUGUCCUCGGCAAGUUUUGCGGCGUUGACUGUCCAAUUAACUAUGCGCAGACUAUCGAUGGGACUGUCAUUGAGACCGACAGCUGGCUCGUAUCUACAUUGGAGAUAAAGCGUAUUCACGAUGCACGCGACACUGUUCUCGAAAGUUCCGAUUUUUACUCUCUUGACGCAGAGGGUGUUUUGCAACCUCUCUGGGAGGCAGACCUGAGCUCGUUGCUUGUCCAUGCUCUCCGACAUGGACAUUGGAUUGUACUGGACGAGCUGAACUUUGCACCUACAGACGUGUUGGAAGCUCUUAAUCGGUUGCUAGAUGACAACCGGGAGCUCAUCAUUCCGGAGACACAAGAGAAUCCUCCUGGCCUAUAUGCAGGGAGCAAGGUUUUGUCCCGUGCCUUCCGACGUUGUUUCCUCGAGGUUCACUUCCAGGAUGUGCCUCAAGCGGAGCUUGAAACCAUUCUCUGCCAGCGUUGCCGUAUCGCGCUUUCCUAUGGCCAGAAAAUCAUCAGCGUGUUCCGUGAAUUACAGCAACGUCGUCGGUUCUGCAACUCUUCGUGA